AUGGAGCGCGAUCGCGGCAAGGGUGGCGAUGGCCGUUCAGAUGAUGGCUCCGCAUCCUCGGUGGGGGAGGGCGUGGAAGUGAGUGCCCCAACCACUGCUUCGGCCAAUGAUCCCAACAAGGAGGCGUUGCGCGACCCCAGUGGGGUUUUUCCUUCUUCCGGGAAGCACCACCGCAGGGAGGCGCUUUUGCUUGACGAUUCUGAGCUUUUUAUGUUUGACUUUAGUGACCCCACGGCGAUCCCUCCCGCGGAGGAGGUGAUGUCUCCUUCGGACGAAGUGGAGGAGCCGCCCUCGGUGGGGACGACGACCCUGCAAACGCCUUUUAUCGCGCCCGCCGGGAGGGUCCUCGGCCUGGCGGAGGUCCGGCAGCACGCCGAGGAGGCCUUGAGCUUGGGCGCCCUGGAGUUUAUGCGGCCCCCGACCCUUCAUCGCGAUGGAUCGGCGGGCACCUUAGGGGAGACCAUCGAGCGCUUCGUGACGAGGCUGCGGCGCUACGACGAGGGUUUAUGGCGGGCGCAUAAAGCGCAGACGGAGGGCGGUAGGGCGGGUGCGCCGCGAAGACGACCACGCCCCACACCUCAAGAAGGAGACGGUAAAUGA